AGCCAGGGACGGAGCCCUGGGGUCAGGCGCUGAGCCACGAGGGGCGCGAUCCGGCUGGAUCCAGCCGAGUGCAGCUCGCCGCCCUGCUCCCUGCUGGCCAGCAUGUCCUUCGUCCCUGUGGCCGAGGAUUCUGACUUCCCCAUCCAAAACCUGCCCUACGGCGUCUUUUCCACCCCAGACAACCCGAGACCGAGGAUCGGCGUGGCCAUUGGCGACCAGAUCCUGGACCUCAGCGUCAUUAAGCACCUCUUCACCGGGCCUGUCCUCUCCAAACACCAGGAUGUCUUUGAUCAGCCGGCUCUCAAUAGCUUCAUGGGCCUCGGCCAGGCCGCCUGGAGGGAGGCGAGAGAGUCCUUGCAGAAUCUGCUGUCCACCAGCUGUGCCAGGCUCCGAGACGACACGGACCUUCGGAGACGGGCGUUCACGGCCCAGGCUUCUGCUGCGAUGCACCUGCCAGCCGCCAUAGGUGACUACACGGACUUCUACUCCUCCCGCCAGCACGCCACCAACAUGGGGAUCAUGUUCCGGGGCGGCGAGAACGCGCUCAUGCCAAACUGGCUGCACUUGCCAGUGGGUUACCACGGCCGUGCUUCCUCUGUUGUGGUGUCAGGCACACCGAUCCGAAGGCCCACGGGGCAGAUGAGGCCCGACGACGCUAAGCCCCCCGUCUUUGGACCCUGCAAGCUCCUGGAUAUGGAGCUGGAGAUGACCAGUACUCGCGGGGCCCGCAGGGGUCACUUGGGACCCACGCGGAGCAGGAAGGAGUUCGAGGCCCCAUGGUGUGUUCCCUGCGGGGGCUGGACGGGGCCACGCUCUGCCUUCUGCUCAGCUCCUGCUGUACGCGGGUGGCGUUCUCACCACGCUUUCUUCGUAGGCCCGGGGAACAACUUGGGAGAGCCGAUCCCCAUCUCCAGGGCCCACGAGCACAUUUUCGGGAUGGUCCUCAUGAACGACUGGAGCGCUCGAGACAUCCAGAAGUGGGAGUACGUCCCCCUUGGGCCGUUCCUGGGGAAGAGUUUCGGCACGACCAUCUCUCCGUGGGUGGUGCCCAUGGACGCCCUCCUGCCCUUUGCCGUGCCCAACCCGGAUCAGGACCCCAAGCCCCUGCCGUAUCUCCGCCACGACCGGCCCUACACGUUCGACAUCAACCUCUCUGUCACCCUGAAAGGAGAAGGAAUGAGCCAGGCAGCCACCAUAUGCAGGUCCAACUUUAAGUACAUGUACUGGACGAUGCUCCAGCAGCUGACCCACCACUCUGUCAAUGGCUGCAACCUUCGGCCGGGGGACCUCUUGGCUUCUGGAACCAUCAGCGGGCCGGAGCCCGAAAGCUUUGGCUCCUUGUUGGAGCUGUCCUGGAGGGGAACGAAGGCCAUCGACCUGGGGAACGGACAGACCAGGAAGUUUCUGCUGGACGGGGAUGAAGUCAUCAUAACAGAAGUACACCCGUCUCCUGCAACCGCUAACCCACAGAAGCAGUCCAGCUACCCUGCAGAAACACUACCUUGAGGGUGGUGUGCAUCUUCCUUUCCACGCAUCCACAGAAAUCCUAGAGUUCCUUGAACCGUACCCUGAAAACACAUCUAUCUCACACGCAAAGAGACUGGAAUAUGGGGAGCAGGAGUUCUCUCGGAGUCUCAGAGCAGUGAGAGCUGAACUUGGAGCCAGCCCGCCUUUCUGGCCCGGCCAGGCCUGUGCCGUGGGCUCUGGGGGGCUCUCAGGGAAGGAGGGAUGUGCCAGACGCUCACAACAGGACUCGGUCCGGCCUCAGACACAGACUCUGCGAUCCCAGGCCCAGGAUCUGCCGUAAGUUCUCAUCAGACACCCUGCAUAGGUUGUAGAGGUCAGACUUCGGAGAGGCUGCCUUUGGACCACCUCUGUCUUGUCUGGGGCCGGGACAAGGGGCUCUAGAACCUUGCAGCAUGCCCCAGAUUAUCUGUGUUUUCUGGAUCCUUCUGGCUGGGAUGAACGCCAAGGAUGUGCACUCAGAAAAACAGAUUCGCCUUUCCGCCCUCCAGAUGGAGUGUGCUCAUUAACCUUAAUUACCGGGCAGGCGCGUUCCCUCCGGCUCCAUUUCAGAGAGAGGACACGACACCCAAGAGAGAGUGGAACGCAGAGCUCAGCCGUGUUAUGGGAGCUGAGGAGCCGGCCCCCCCGGAGGCCCGCUCAGGGGUCCCCAGCAUCACGGAGUUGUCCUUGAGCACGGAGCCUGCACCAGCCAAGGGGUCCAUCUGCCACCUUCUUGGGGAGGCGGGAGGUGAACCGGCUUCAGAGUCAGGGAUUCUGGGUGGGAAUGAGCCUCCAGGGAAAUGGCUCUGGGCUUCCCGGCACACUUAGCCCAGCGCGCGGUCUUGGGAUGGCGGGCUAGUGGCUCCAAGUGGAGGCGAGUCCUGCCCAAAUGCCACGGUCCAAAUAUAGAAGCUGGAAGUAAGUAUCUCAGUCGGGGCUUUAGGGAAAACUAGCAACAAGGGUACACAGAUACGCGAUUCGCGUGUACAUUCGUGUCCCAGCCCGGGGCUGGGGUGAAACACUCAGGCCUCGCCGGAGGGCUGGUGGGUUUCUUCGUCUCUGCGCCCGUGUGUGUCUUCGUCCGCUGGGGGGGACGCGAGCAACGGAAUGCCAGCUUCUCCCAGUUCUGGAGGCUGGGAGUCCCGGGGGAGGAUCUGGCGGGUUUGUUUCUUCCUGGUUUGUAGAUGGUCACCUUGCCACGGCGGCCCUGCCUCAGUGUGUGCGCGCAAAGAGGAGACCGCUCUCUCUUCUCUGUGUAAGGCCACCGUCUUAUCAGAGUAGGACCCUGACCUUUACGAACUCAUCUGACCUCCUGAAAGCCCUCUGUCAUCGCACUGGGUGUCAGGACUCCAACAAGUGGAUUUGGGGGCGGGGGGCACAAUUCGGUCCGUGGCCGCGUAUGAGUUCCCCGGGGAAGGGUCCGAGUCUGACUGCGGGGCACGGGCGGCCUGGGGCCGGGCCAGGCCCGCACCCUGCGGGGGGUUGGUAGAUGUCCCGAAGGUGAGGACCAGUGUCUGGCUGUGGUCCCGCAGACACCGAUAGUAAGAGGACGGGGUGACUGGAACAGCCGCUUAUUGUUGUGGGGAGAAACGGCGGGCCGUGCGGACUCGGGGAGCUCACGCAGAUACGCGGAUGGGAGCUGCUCACGUGCCAGCACCAGCCGCUUCUGUAAAUAGAAGAGCCAUUGGGAAAGAGCCACCAGGAAAGAGCCAUUGAGAAAGCCGAGUCAGGGUCACGUCCCCAGAUGGCAGACGGGUUACAUGCACGGCGUGUGCUCAGGACAGAGCAGUCAUCCGGUGUCUUAACCUCACACCAAUCACAUUGUCCUGCGUGCCUCUACUUGGUGGCCUCCCUCCUCUGUCAGGGGGAUUAGCAGACUGGUCAGAGGGAGGGAUGGGUGCGUGUUCAGAGAUGAUUAAGACGGUGACAUCUUCCAGAUGGACGAGAGGCGUGGAGGGGAUAGGAUCCAUGCAAUACUGUGGUUACGACUUGUCUCCUGAUAUUCAUCCGUUCACUUAGAAACAGAGUGCGCGAAAGCGGGGAGGGACAGGGAGAGAGCGAGAGAAUCCCAAGCAGAUUCCGCAUAGUCAGCAAGGCCUUCCAAUAUUGAAACCUCUCUAAUCUCUAAGGAACCUUCCAGAACAAGGAGGCAGAAUGAAGCAGCGGUGUUUUGGAUAAAAAGCAAGAGAACACGUCUGCCGAGAGCAUGCCUCGUCACCGCGCCGUGCCUUGAUAAGCCCUCGCACGGUUCUGCUGUGUCAUUCUGUGAUAGAUGCUGCUGCGGCUGCUGUCCCUCGGAUCUGGGGUUCCCUUCACCAUGCAGCGGGCUCAGCUCCCAGCCUCCGCGUGGCUUGCUCCCGGCAGCUCACAUCUACGGUUUCUUACCAGCCUGCCCUGGGGUUACUGCAGCUGCUCCCUCCCGUGCGUGCAGAGAGCUGGGCGUCCCCGGGAGCUUACGACACCCGUGCCCUCAAGGGCCCUCCGCCCAUCCAGAUUGCAGAAGAUGCUACCAUGAGGACAUUCGCUGUCAGGAAAGUGUGUGCUGGACGGGAGGCGCCGGGGGUGGGACCGGACCGCCUUCUGCCAGUGCCGAUCAGAUUAGCUGGGUGGCUCUGGGAUUCCCCCAGCCAUCUCAGCAGAAGCCAGGAACAGAAAGGACAUCCUCCAGGAAAGACCUUUGGAAGACUGUCCCGUGGAGUAGGGAGAAGCCCUGUGACACACAUGGGCAAUACACACAGGCUUUGAGGCUAUUAUACCAGUAGAAACGCUACCAGCGUGGGCCGAAAAGGACAGAGAAGAGACUGGAUGAAAGGCGGCUGCUGGGCUCUCAAACUUCUACAAGCAGAACACAGGCUGGUAGGGACAGUUGCCAUCAACGUGUCCCACCCUUCAGGAACACAGAAGGAUGAUCCUUAGGGCAAGGGCCUGGGCCCAGAGGGCUACAGAUUAUUCCCAGGCCCUGAAAACGAAUGGCUUUCCUGGUGGAGUUUUAAAAUGGCUCCGGACGGUGACUCCUUUCUUUAAUUCGUUUUCUCUUUUGAAAUGGAAAUGUGUGUAACUGUUAUCCUGUGCCUGUCCCACCAGUGUAUUGUUGGAGCGGAUAACUCAUUUUCCGGGUCCCCACAGGUAGAAAAGGAUUUGCCCCAGGAUGGAUCAUAUGCAGAAUAUCACCAACACCUAAUUUAGACAGUCGAGAAAAGAUUUUGGGUUCGGGUUGAUGGUGUCAUGGGUUGGAAUGGGGUGAACACAUACAGGAUGGACUGGAAUCUUUGGAGGCCAGAGAGUGGGCUGCAGGAGGCUGAGUAACGGCCCCGCAAGAAAUCCAUAGCGAAUCUUUGGGACCUGCAAAUGUCACCUUAAGUAGCAAAACAAACUUUGCAGAUGGGAUGGAGUUAAGGGUCUCGAGACGGGGGGAUUCUCCUGGGUUUUCUGGGCCACACGGAACCACAGUUGUCCUUGCGAGAGCGACACGGGGCAGCUCUUGACUGUAGUGGGGAAGGAAACGUGGCCGUGGAAGCAGAGAGGGGCGAUGGGGCCAAGAAUGGGCUCUCCCAGAAGCCACCGGAAAGAACCAGCCUCAAUUCCUGCCCCCCGCCCCGGACUCAUUUUGGACUUCUGACCUCCAGGACUGGAGCAGCCUGCAUUUAUGUGGUUCCAAAACACCCAGACUUGCAGCAAUUUUGUGCACAGGCAAGAGGAAGUCACAAUCCUUUUGAUUCUGACAUCCGGUCUCUAAAAGGCAUAAGGCUAUUUUUGCUUUCUUUCCCCAUGAUUGGAGAACCGGAAACCAACCAACCAAGGGCACACAAGAACACGAUGUCUGGCUACUGGAUGAGGGGUGACUCACGAGCAGGCUGUCAGAAAAAUAAGCUUCCUUGAAAGGGAACUGAAAGCCAAAACGAGGGGGAACGUGUAUACCGGCUUGGGCGCCGAUGCAGUCAGACGAGGCAGCCAUACAGCCGGGGAGAGGGGUGGGGGGAAGACAUGGCACAAAGACGUGGAGAGCAGCCGUGGUGGGGAAACUGAGGCAUGGGCCCUGGCUCCAGAAGCCCCAGCUCUUCCCCGCCUGCUGACCCACCAUGCACCACAGCAGUGAGAGGCCAGAGCAAGGACGUCGGCCGGGACCCCAAGACACAAUGGGAGGGGACAGGGCAAGGCCAUUCUUGUCUUUCCACUAAAAGAUCUGUGUUUUGAAGGGACCCUAGUGAACUUCUCUUCCUCACAAAAUCACUCUCCAGGGGCGCCUGGGUGGCUCAUUCCCUUAAGCAUCUGACUCUUGAUUUCGGCUCACGUCAUGAUCUCACGGUUCAUGAGAUCGAGCCCCGCUCUGGGUGGGAUUCUGUUUCUCCCUCUCUCUCUGCCCCCUCCCCCGCUUGCUCAACACUGUCUCUCUCAAAAUAAAUAAAUAAACUUAAAAAAAAUAAGAUAAAAUAAAAUAAAAGAUAAAAUACAAUCGCUCUCCAACAUAAAACACCUUGAAAAUCACCAAAAAGCCACGGGUAGCACCACACUUCUCCAGAAUGCUGCAUGAGGCAGUGCGACGUCACGGGAAAACUCAGACUCCGGAGACUCACUGUUGACUAGCGGAGCCCCCGGAAGACGUUGCCCCAUUCAGCCCCAGUCCCCUUGCCUGUAAGACGGGGGUGUCCUGGGGGUCCUUUUCCGGGCCACGUCUUCCCUUCGCCCGUGAGCACAGGACAGAAUAUACCUUGCAGGCUUUCGGUUACUCCCGGUCUGCUCCGAGCCUGCCCGCUGUCUCUCGGGUAUCCCCCCACAUUCGGGGGGACCCCCACAUUCGGACCUGUGCCUGCCUGGAUCCAGCUUGCUUCGGGGCCCCCUCUGUUUGUCAGCACCCGUGUUCGGCACAUGGCUUCAACGUGCAAAUGCGGAUCUGGGGUCCGGGCCACCUGACGUCUGCUGUGCUGGGCGAGAGCUGCUCUGGCUCAUCUGUCCCUCACUCUGUGUCCCCGUCUGGCCUGAGCUUUGUCCCCACGGGCGACAGCAUCCCCUGAGGCCCUCCCGCGGCGGCCCCGUCUGUGCCUUCCACGGCACGGCUCCAGCCCACACCUGGCCCCAGACACCCCCGACCUCUGGGGCAAGAGGUCAGGGUCCUGUCCACCCUCCGCUCCGCUCGGUGCCUCUGAUAUUUCCAAGCUUCCUGGGAAUUAACGGGAACUCUUCUUAUCCCACAAGUAAAGAAAAGCGAAUGCAAGUUAUCUACCCGCCCUUCAAGCAAAACAAAACGGCUUUAAGACGCACCUUUUGCACCACGAAAGGAGCCAAAGUGAAGAAUCCAAGGGGAGGAAACCAGGAAGAGAAGAGUAAAACCAGCAAGGCAAUAAUCUACAGCAUAGACAACUGUAAUACAGGCAGAUACACGGCGACACAAAUGUUAAAAAUACUUUUUAAAUAAAACUUACAUAACCUAAAGGCUUUAUCAGUAACGGCGACACAAAUGUUAAAAAUAUUUUUUUUAGAUAAAACUUACAGAACCUAAAGGCUUUAUCAAUAUAAUUUUAUUUCAAUGAAAGUUAGUGGGGUAAAGUGGAAGGAAAUUAGAGCACAAGCCAUUUUUUAUAUUAUCUGGGCAGGCCAAUAAGUAUUACUUUAAUAUUGAUAGAAAAUCACACGUUCAGAUGUGUUUAAACAUUUAAAAUAACAGUGGAGGAAUGAGAGGAAAUGUGUGAACAGUAUGACUGAUAAGCUGAAUAGACAUUUUGAUGGCCGACAUGUUAUUUUCGAGUACACGUUUUUCAAAAUGCACGUUAUUUUCAAAUAUCCACGGAACGCUUAUCAAAUUGAUUUAAUAUAGGGCUACAAAGAAAAACGUGGGUACGUUUUAAAAAGUGGGAUUUGGGGGGAGCGCCUGGGUGACUCGGUUGAGCGCCCGACUCUUGCUUUCAGCUCCAGUCGUGAUCUCACGGUUCAUGAGAUUGAGCCCCGCGUGGGGCUGUGCUGACGGCUCAGAUUGCGAGUCUCCCUCUCUCUCUCUCUCUGUCCCUCUGCUUGCUUUCCCUCUCAAAAAUAAAUAAAUAUUAGAAAAAAAAUUUUAAGCGGAAUUUUUAUAGGCUGUUUUCUGACCACCAAAAAUUAAGCAAACUAACAAACCACCAAGCCAUUUGACUUAAAUAGCAUUCAAAAGGUAGUUACCGAGGGGCGCCUGGGUGGCUCAGUCA